AUGGCUUCCACCACUCUCUCAGCCAAGAUUGCCUCAUCCGCGCUGCUCGGCUCGUCCGCACAGCUCUCCAGCAAUGCGACCCUCUCGGGCGCAAAGCUCUCCGGAGCUCCCCCCGCGGGCCGCGCGCGCGUGACAUGCAUGGCGGAGGACCGCUGGGCGGGGCUUGGGCGCGACAUUUCCGACGAUCAGCAGGACAUCACGCGCGGGAAGGGCAUGGUGGACGCGGCGUUCCAGGGCGGGUGGGGACAGGGCACGCACGCCGCCACGCCUGGCGACUCGUUGCUCCCCACUCCGCUCUCACCCCUCACCAACUCUCCCCCUUCCCCUCUUCCCCCUCCUCUCCUUCCCCCUUCCCCUCCUUCCCCCUUCCCCUCCUUCCCCCUUCCCCUCCUUCCCCCUUCCCUUCCUUCCCCUCCCCUUCCUUCCCCUCCCCUUCCUUCCCCUCCCCUUCUUCCCGCUCCCCUCCUUCUCUUGAUCCCCACCCGCCAUCUGAGCAACGUGACCGCCGAGGGGCUGUACAUCGCGCCGGCGUUCAUGGACAAGAUGGUGGUGCACAUCUGCAAAAACUUCAUGGCGCUGCCCAACAUCCGCGUGCCGCUCAUUCUCGGCAUCUGGGGUGGCAAGGGCCAGGGCAAGUCCUUCCAGUGCGAGCUGGUGUUCGCGAAGAUGGGCAUCAACCCCAUCAUGAUCUCUGCGGGAGAGCUCGAGAGCGGCAACGCCGGAGAGCCCGCUAAGCUCAUUCGCCAGCGUUACCGCGAGGCGUCGGACCUGAUCAAGAAGGGCAAGAUGUGCGCGCUGUUCAUCAACGAUCUCGACGCGGGCGCGGGGCGCAUGGGCGGCACGACGCAGUACACGGUGAACAACCAGAUGGUCAACGCCACGCUCAUGAACAUCGCCGACAACCCCACCAACGUCCAGAUGCCCGGCAUUUACAGCAAGGAGGAGAUCAACCGCGUGCCCAUCAUCAUGCCUGGCAUUUACAACAAGGAGGAGAUCAACCGCGUGCCAAUCAUCGUCACCGGAAACGACUUCUCAACGCUCUACGCGCCGCUCAUCCGCGACGGACGCAUGGACAAGUUCUACUGGGCGCCCACGCGUGACGACCGCAUCGGCGUGUGCUUGGGAAUCUUUAAAGAAGACAACGUGUCGGAGGCUGACGUCGUCCAGCUCGUGGACACCUUCCCCGGCCAAUCCAUUGACUUUUUCGGGGCGCUGCGCGCGCGUGUGUACGACGAUUUGGUCCGCAACUGGGUGGGGUCGAUCGGGAUUGAGAACAUGGGCAAGAAGUUGGUCAACUCGCGCUCUGGCCCUCCGGAAUUCGAGAAGCCGAGCAUGCCUCUGUCUACUCUCCUGGAGUACGGUCACCUCCUGGUUUCCGAGCAGGAGAACGUGAAGCGGGUGCAGCUUGCUGACACCUACCUUAACGAGGCGGCUCUUGGGAAUGCCAAUGCGGAUGCCAUUUCCCGGGGGACGUUCGACGGAGGCAGGACUCCCGCUCCUGCUCCCCCUGCUCCUGCUGCGCCCAGGGCCGCUGCUGCUCCGCCUGCUCGUGCCGCUGCGCCGGCAGCAGGGGGAGCGGCAGGGGGAGCGUCUGGGCUGGAGGGCAAAUCGCUGGGGGAGCUGCGGGCGCUCGCCAGGCAGAGGGGCGUGCGGGGGGAUACCAAGGCGGAGCUUAUUAAGGCCCUUUCUACUGCCCCUGCUGCUGCUGCGGCCGCUCCUGCCGCUGCUGCUGCUCCCGCUGGCAACGGUGCUGCCAAGUUGAGUGAACCCCUUCCUCACCAUCCUUGCCAUUUUCCUCCCCUCGUCCCCUCCCUGCUCACCCACAGGGCGACGCCCAUCGCAGCCUCGUCGUUGGCCAACAAGACGCUGGGCGAGCUGAGGGAGCUGACCUGUCAUAUGGAUGUGUUGUCCUUAAACCCUUUACCAGUCCUGCUCACCAUCCUUAACUUCUUCCCCUCGUCCCCUCCCUUGAUCACCCACAGGGCGACGCCCAUCGCAGCCUCAUCGUUGGCCAACAAGACGCUGGGCGAGCUGAGGGCGCUGGCCCGCCAGAGAGGCGUGCGUGGCGACACCAAGGCUGAGCUCAUCUCACUGCUCUCUAAAUAG